UAAGAAGCAGGGGUUAGGGAAGCUAGGUAGUCUACCUGGCCAAUAAAAAAGUUUAGUUCUGGUGUGUAUCAGCCAAUCAGAAUGCAGACCGCCGCUGUAGGUCCCGCCCUCCUUCCCCGUGUCGGUAGCAUUGUUUGUGUGAGCGUGAAGAUCCGCCAUGAGGAGGAGACUGCUAAGCUGUGCAGCGUGAGAGUCUGUGUGUUAAGACGAUUAUAGUACUGGAUACGAACUUGAGACGAGCUCUUUUGCAAUUGCAAUUGCUGUUUGCCAUCUGACUUCUAAGCUGGAAGUCGUGAAGUGAGUAAAUAGUUUGAGCUUCAGUUUUCUGCCGAGUACUGUUAGAGCUACCUCGUUAGCCUUGUUAGCUCUUAUUGGCUACUGGUUUCCUUGAAGUUCAUCUCGUUCUCCGUUCAGCUGAAGUGCCCCACGUGUCCGGACUAAGAGCCACCAUAUCGUUGUUCCAAACGUGUCGCAUUGAGAUCGGUCAGGUUUUUUUUCCCAUGCUGGAUUGUUCCUGAGGUGGAUUCCUCCUGUGACUGUGAUGGCGAGCCUUCCCACCUGAACUUAGAGAAAGAACUGGAUCCCUUCUUUUCCAUUUGGAGUCUUGCUGCACCCUGCGGUGUGGUAGGCCUGUAUCACUCAUACCUUCACACACAGUUGGUUAUGCGCGAGACCACUGACUGACAUUUUUUGUUUAUUGUUUCAUCCUGGAAUUUUGGACAUUACCCUUUGGACAAGUUUAUUUCAGACAUUAUAACAACCUGCUGUGUAGGAAAUCCUCCUCAUGUGAAUGGUGUUGAGUUGAACCUGAAUUGGAACUGAAAUUGAUUAAUCUGUUGUUCUGUUGUCCAUUACAAUUUGGAAUUCAGAUUACCAGGGUGCACCCAACAGAUUUGAUAUUGAGAAUUAGCACUUGGCCAAGUAGUAUUAUUAUUUUAUGUAUUUUAUUGUGUGUAAUUUCAUUUUCAUAAUUGUGAGCCUUGUACAACUGUUCGUCAAUUUUAUGGUUUAUGUCACUAAAGUUGGUUGUCCUUUAAAAUUAUCCAGCUGCCUUUGUGUGUCACUUAAACACCUCAUUGUGCUCCCAUAGCCGAACCUAUUGGCCCAUUCAUCUAGAAUAUAUAAUACCUUUCUCUACUGUGUUACAGAGAAGCUGUGGCGAGCCAGCCAGGAGCAUGAGUGUGUGUGUUUAAGUGUCAGACCUCUUACACAUAUUGUUAGGACGUGCCAAGUACUCUUUCAAAAAAAAAAAAAAGGGAAAAAUGGAUGUAGUGCUCAGGGAGUCCAUCAAAAUUCCCCUCUCUGUGGUUGUUAGUGGUUUAACAGGGUCUGAGGCAGAUGAGGAAGUGUCCACCUUUCUCCAGAAGUAUGGUUCCAUUAACCGUUACAUUCGCUUAGAUGAUCCUAAAUCGGAUUACCAUAAAAACAUGAUUAUUGAGUUUGCACAUGAAACUGGCAUGCAGACACUAGAACCAUUUCUGCCUCUUCAGCUUCCAAGCUCGACUCAAGCAGGCAUUGUGUAUGAGUUGAAGGCUUUAGGAAGUGUCUACACCGUAGAUGCCAGAAGCAAAGCUACUAAGAUGUACAUGGAACAGCUCUCUGAAAUUGCCAGGCUGAGUGGAAAUUCAUUAGGGGAAAUGUUGAAGGAGGAACUUAAAAGUCUGGUUGCAUCUGCAGAAAGUGCUUUUGCCCAACCACCUCAGACUGAUUCAGAAUCCUCAGCUUCACAGAGUCCAACCCCACAAAAAGGCUCAACCAGCCAAAGAGAUGUCACAUCUUCUGAGAACCCUCAACCAGUGACGCUUACCGAAUCCACGAUUUUGACACCAGCAACUGAUCCAAGUAAGUCUCUCACCCCUGCCAUUUUCAGUGAAAACCUGAUUGAUCUCAACCCCCCACAGACUCUUUCAGUCUCCUCUGAAUUCACUACUACGCCCCUAAUCGAUGUCAACCCACCUGCAGUUCAGCGGGUGGUGGUUGAGCAUGUGGUGCGCAGCAAGGAUAACUCACCCCAGUUUGCUUCACCCGGUAGACUCAGAGCUUUUUCAGGCAAGAGUCCACGUCCAAGCCACGAAGCAGAUUACGAUACAUGGCGUGCAAGUGUUGAAAUUCUUAUCAGAGAUCCAUCUGUGUCAGACUUGCAUUGCACACAUCGUAUAUUGGACAGUCUUCUUCCUCCUGCUUCUGAAAUGAUCAAGCAUUUGAGCCCACAGUCUAGUCCCUCAACUUACCUUAAGUUGCUUGACUCCGCUUACGGGACAGUUGAAGAUGGCGACGAGCUUUAUGCUAGGUUCAUGAGCACAUUCCAGAAUGAUGGAGAGUUACCUUCUGUCUUUCUGCAGAGACUGCACACUGCUUUAAGCAAAGCAAUGAGACGAGGUGGUGUGUCCACCCAUGAGUUUGACCAACAGCUUUUGAAGCAGUUCUGUAGAGGCUGUUGGGAAAAUGGUUUAAUAGUCGAUCUUCAGUUAGAACAAAGGAAAGAGAAACCACCUGCCUUUGCAGAGUUGUUGCUCCUUCUUAGGACGGAAGAGGAUAAACAGGCUGCAAAAAUGACUCGCAUGCGGCAGCAUUUUGGCCAUGCAAAGUCUGGCCAUAACUCCAGUAAGCAGCGUGUCAUGUCACAAGUGCAUCUCGCACAUGACACUAAUGAUUUGAUAAAUAAGACUGAUCUUGAGAUGCUCAAGCAACAAAUUGCUGAUCUCAGCAUUCAGGUGAAGAGCAUUGUGUCAGAGGGCCAAAACCCAAAACGACCUAAGCAGCAAAAAGCAAGGUCUGUUCCUCUAUGUGUCACACAUGAAGCCCACGUUGUGAAACCAAAACCAGCCCGUCAGCAUCCCUCCACGUUCAAAGCAGAUGGCAGACCACGUCCCUGGUACUGUUUCCAGUGUGGAGAGGAUGGCCAUGUUGUUUCAGUCUGUGAUAAAGCACCAAAUCCUUCCCUUGUAGCAGCUAAGAAAAAACAGCUGAAAGAAAGGCAGGCUGCUUGGGAAGCUUGUAAUGUUUCUCAAAGUGAGACACAUUUAAACCAACAUCUGCUCCCAUAGAGGGACAUAUGGGAGCGAAGUUACAAAUUGCCAGUCCCAAAACCAUGAAACCUGUUGUCAAGAGUGUUGGGGUAGAAGGGUCAAAAUUACCACAUGGCCUUGUGGGAACUAAAACCACAGCCCAAGUAUCCAUUGCAGGGAAAGACAUAAACUGUCUUCUAGACACCGGUUCACAGGUCACAACUGUGCCCCAGUCCCUUUAUGAAGAGCACCUUUCUGAUCUGACCAUCCACUCUUUGAAUGACUUGCUUGAAGUGGAGAGUGCUAAUGGCCAGUUUGUUCCCUAUUUAGGAUAUGUCGAGCUUACCAUCACCUUUCCUAAAGAGUUUGUUGGCUCUGAUAUUGAAAUAAACACGCUGGCCUUGGUCAUCCCUCACCUCCGCUCUGCAGCCCAUGAACAGGUGCUUGUAGGCACAAACACACUUGACGUUCUUUAUACUGACUAUCAGAAACUUUCACCCUUUCAGCCUUUGAUGAGUGGCUAUCAGGCUGUUCUCAAAAUACUUGAGAUACGACAAAGAGAGUCUAACCGCAGCAGCCUUGGUUGUGCAAAACUAAUAGGCAAUCUGCCUAAAGUUGUCCCUGCAAGACAGACCGCUGUUGUUGAAGCCUUUGUUCAUGUGGAUCGUCUGAACAUUCAAAGAGACGUCAUUCUUGAGCAACCAUCAGCUUCUUCUCUACCAAAAGGCUUACUGGUUUCAGCGAUUGCAGUAAAUUUACCAAGCAAAUGUUCAUGUCAUGUUCCUGUCGUACUAAGAAAUGACACCAACCAUGACAUUGUCAUUCCCCCUAAAACUAUUGUGGCAGAUGUUAGUGCUAUAGUGCAAGUGCUACACAAAGAACAUACUGUCAGAGAACCAGACUGUUCUCAGUCUCCAGCAAAGUCUUCCCAAGAGCUAAGCUUUGAUUUUGGAGA